CUGGUACCCAGUGAGGCAGCGCUGCACUGGAUUCUCACUGGACCCUCUCUGUGAGACCGCCCUCCCCUGUCACUGGGUGUGUGAGUGGAGCAGUUGGAGACAGGAGAUAUUUGCACAAAGCUCUCACAGUGCGGGUGGGACUGAAGCAGCAGCAACAGUCGCUCUGGAUAUCGCUGUUGACGGUGACUAUCAGCAAAGUCUAUCUCACUGAUCGAGUUGUUCCAACAAGUACCCACUGCAGAGAUAAAAUGGCUUCACCUUCACAUUCCAAAUCCUUCAACCAGGAAGAACUUAAGCAGCUUCAGGCUGCUUUUCAAACAGGAGGAGUUGAAGGUGUCACACCCCUGAUCCAGAAGAAGUUACAGGACCUGGAGUCUGUAGAACUUAACAUUGCGGUAACAGGGGCAUCAGGAGCAGGGAAAUCCACCGCUGUCAACGCCAUGAGAGGUCUUCAGAGAAAUGAUGAGGGAGCAGCUCCAACUGGUAACGUCGAAACCACACAGGAGCCAACCGGAUAUUUACAUCCCGAUCUGAAAGGUGUUUAUUUCUGGGAUUUGCCUGGAAUUGGAACUUCAACGUUCAAAGCCAAACAAUAUCUGAAGAAGAUAAAGUUUAAAAGAUAUGAUUUCUUCAUCAUUAUCUCACACACGAGAUUCACUGAGAAUGAUACGUUGCUCGCCAAGGAGAUUAAACGACUGGGCAAGAACUUCUACUUUGUUCGAUCAAAAGUUGACAAUGAUCUAAAUGGGCUUGGAGAGGAGGGUAUUGAUUAUAACAAAGAAGCAGAGCUGGAAAAGAUCAGGAAGGAUUGUGUCAGUAACUUGGAAAAGGCAGGGAUUCAAUUCCCAUCUGUUUUUCUCAUCUCAAGCCUCAAACUGGAUCAGUUUGAUUUUCUUAUAUUAAGGGAAACUCUUGCAAAUGAUCUCCCAGAUAUAAAGAAAGAUGUUUUCAUCCUGUCAUUCCCAAACACAACUGUGGAAAUUGUGGAGCAGAAAAGAGACAUUUUAAAGAAAAGAAUCUGGAUGAUGGCUGUAGCUUCUGCUUCUGUCGGAGCUGUGCCAGUUCCAGGGUUGUCCUUUGCUUGUGAUUUCGCUUUGUUAGUUACAACAAUAAUAUAUUUUCGUCACUGCCUGGGUCUGGAUGAUGCCUCUCUUGGAAGAUUAGCCAGGAGAGUUGGUAAACCUGUAGAGGAUCUGAAAGCUGUAAUAAAAACCCCCCUGGUGGGUGAGAUAAACAUUGAUCUAGUUACUAGGUCAAUGCUAGGAAUUGCUGGCAUUGCCAUCUCUGCACUAGAGAUAGCUCUCGAUUUCAUACCUGUUGUCGGUUCUCUCUUUGGAGCAUCAUCAUCAUUUAUUAUGACCUACAAGCUGCUGAGUGAAGCUCUUGAUGAUCUUGUGAAGAAUGCACAAAGUGUGGUGAGGGUCGCAUUUGAUACUAAUUAGGCUCCUCAUCUCCACCACCAACCACCUGCUCUGCCCACCCACACGUGCUCCCUCCAUCCUCACCUCCAUCUCCAAAUGUGAGCAGAUGACUAACUUCCUCAGGUCUGUACAGAUGUUCACUUCAUCUCACAGAGGUGUUGUGGAACUUCAGUGUCUUGAUAGACCCCCAACUGUUUUUCAAACUCUACAACCUGGGCACUCACUCUCUUGGCUCUCCCUCACCUGCACAUCACCCACCUCCACCUCUCCUGUUA